AUGUCUAGUGACGAGCGGGUUGAAGCGCUAGAAUCGCUCUUGGAGCAGCUACUGGAUGAUUACAGAGAUUUACAGUUGCGAGAUAUCACAGUGUACGAUGAACCUCCAUCUUCUCUGGAAGCGCUGAGGAUGGUAAACAGGGCUCAUCCGGCUAUUAUCAAAGGUUUCUCACCCUUGACGACGGCCGCUCAUAAGCACGAUUGGACACAACCCGAUGUGUAUCGAGAGAUCUCAGGAGAAAGAAAGGUCACUGUAGCCAUUACCGAUGAUGGGCUAGCUGAUUCAGUCCGAGAACUGGAAGAUGGAAGUACGACAUUUGUCAAAGCAUUCGACGAUAAGAUGACUAUUUCCACGCUGAUCUCACAUCUACAGUCAGACACGGGAGGUGAUGGUGGAGAGGCAUAUUACCUUCAAUCUCAAGAUGGUAACAUAUACCGAUCCACUCCUCGUCCUGGUGGUUCACCUGAAUUGGAAGUGUUUCAAGAUCAUAUACAGAGGGACGUAGAGUGGAUGAAAGAAGCUACGGGUAGUGAAGCGGAAGCUGUAAAUUUGUGGAUAGGCGAUAGGAAAAGUACCACUUCUUUACAUCAUGAUCCAUACGAAAAUAUAUAUCAUGUGUUAGCUGGAAAGAAGAUUUUUACAUUAUUAUCGCCCAUAGAAGGAUUAUGGCUUGAUCAACAAUUCCAUAAACCAUCUACACUUGGACGGUCCUCUAGUGGCACACUCCACCCUGUCCUCGAUGAUGAUCCUGCCUAUCCCAUCCCGUGGGUAUCUUCCACUCAGUUCCCCGCGCGUGUCCAUCCAAUAAGAGUGGAGCUGAAGGAAGGUGAGACAUUGUACUUGCCUGCGAAUUGGUGGCAUCGUGUAGAGCAGGAAGAAGGUAAUGCUGGGAUAGUAGUAGCUGUCAAUUAUUGGUAUCCUGCCGAUAUUGAUCCUCAGAUAUACGCAUAUGAAAGGUUAGCCAGACGUAUAGCGAGAUUGGCAGGUAGAGAUGGCGUGAUACCUGUACCGGGGGAUGAGGACGUGCCGGAUGAUAUUUGGGGAGAGGAUGAUUCGGGAGAAGAGUGGGAUCCAGCGGAAUGGGGCAGGUGA